CUCAGUCACACCAGUCUAGUUUUCAGUCCGUAACGAACUUUCACCAGCAAUGGAUCGCUGCUCUUGUGGACUAGAUGUCCUAGGUAUCCCUCACUCUUAUCUGAGCGUUUCCUUGGUUUCUUACCGCCGUUGAGCGCCAGGGUCCGCUUUUCAAUUUUUUCGUCUCCGUUUCGCACGGUCGUCGACAUCCCUAGUUGUCAGACCAUUGGCACGCAUAUCAUCCUUCACGACUUCAAGCUAACACUUGGAUUUGCCUGUUCUGUCAAGGCCAGACGUAGAACGUAAUUUGCUGGUCUACGCUAAACGUGGCCGUGCGUGCGGUGUCUUAGCUCUACUACGGACAUGGGUAUCUUGAGCUUCGGACACUGCACGGCGGCAAAUUACGAAAACCCAUGUUCAGUUUUCGUGAUAAAGGUACCCAGUUCAAUAUCCCAACUGAUCGGUUCCUACAACUAUGAAGACAGUAGCAUCCUGGAUUCGAUUCCCGAGCACGACUGGCGGCUGUUGGCAGCUCUCGCCAGAAAGAGAGAGGACGAUAUUGAGAGGGAGAAGCUCGCUGACCAGUUCAGGAAGCUGUGGCAGAGGGAGAAACAAGAAAGAAACAUGGUGGCGGCAGAAACAUCAGAGCAGUAUAAACGAUACUUACACAAGAAACGUCAAGAAGAGAACACACUGAUAGAGUACCAGCGAUGCCAACGGACCCUGGACCAGCAGGUGAGGAGGGGCAGACUCCUCGACUGCAUCAGACAGAAGGAGAUGAAGAGUGCCGCGCAAUUGCAAGCCCUUGAUGAGAAAAAGGUUUCAGAACUAGUAGACAGAGUGAUAGAAGAAGAGGCACGAGCGCUUCUGGCGGCCGAUAGACGGAUACGAUUGGAGAAUGCGGAGAAAUGGAGGAAGAAGGCUGAGCUUGAAGACGCGCAGAGGAGGGAGGAUGAUGCCAAAACGAGGAGGGUUGCUAUGCUAAAGGACAUGUCCAAGCGUGCGGCGAUAUCCAACGCGCUCAGCACAUGGGAGACAGCCCUGCUGCGGCAAGAGAUCACAGCGCUGGACGCGCAGCGUCGCGCUCAGCACGCCGCGCACGCCGCGCGCACCAUGCAGCGCGCCGCCAAGCUAGCGCGCGCGAGGGCGGAGCGGCAACAGCGCGCGAGGAGGCUGGCGGCUGUCACCGCGGAGCUGAGAAACGCUGUCCGCCAUGGGAACUUAUGAAUGAUGACAUUUCCAACUAUAUCUCUCACUCGUCCGUGGCAGCGCGGAGCGGCAACAGCGCGCGGAGCUGGCUACUGCCACCGCGGAGCUCAGAGACGCUGUCCGCCAUACUUCCAACGGUAUCUCAUCUGCACGAGGGCGAACUUCCAGUAACCAAGAGAAGAUUGGGUGCAAUGCAAUGGUCCCAGAAUGAUCACAUCAGGUGAUUGCACUGGCGUCGCCAACCAAGAAAUAAUAAUGUAUGAGAAUGUAAGGACCUAUCAUCUGUCUGAUGCUUGCGCUAUGUCAGAAUUACCACGCCGGAAAUCUCACUAAUCAUCGGUUUAAUUUAUGUACCGGACACUCAAAAGCCGAUUAUGUUUUUUAAUACUGUUGAUUGGUUUCUUCUCUAGUCAUAAAUCAUACGUUGAAAUUACUUUUGGAAAAUGUAAAUUAGUUUUAAGUCGUGAAAUCCUACCUCGUUGUUCAUGUUUGUGAUUACUUAGAUUUUAAGUGGAUAUGGAACAUAAAUCGAAUACAAAAUAAGUAAACAUUGAAACUCUCACAUAAAAUGACUUUAAUCGAGAAAUAAAAAUUUUCACAUGGA